CAUGCGCAAGAUAUUCCUAAACCCCGAAUAACAGAGCAGGACCGCCCAAAACAAGGUGGCACCAACUCAAAGGCGCAUCAGCACAAAGCAAGCGCGCAUUACGAGAUGCCAUCCUCAGGCCUUCGUUGGACUGUGUACCAUCUCAGGACUGGGGACCAAAACGAAAACAAAAAACGUUACAAGAAAAGAAAGAAAAGAGCCGCACCUCAGCAAAUUGACGACGAUAGGGAGGAGCCUGUUACUGAUGAGGACGAUGGAGAAAAACAGUCAAGAUCUUCUGUCAAUUUUGCAUUGGUUGGUGCUGGUAUAGUGGUGUUCCUGUUCAUAUUUGCUGGACUGGCUUGUCUGUGGUAUGUUGCUUUGAUUUUCCAAUGAAAGAGACUUUCCUCGUUUGUGUGAUCGAUAUAAUCUUAGGUUCUUUAUGAAGUUUACUUAGUCGUGGCUGAAUUGCCAAUGUUUAAUAAGAAUGUUUUAAGACAGGAACCGAUGAUAGUUGACACUGUUUAGUGAUUGCUUUUCAGAAACUCACCAUGAACUUAUAACUAAUUUUUUUUACAUUCCGUUUACAUAAAGGUAGAGCCGACUAUAAAUUGGCAAGCCUUGCAAACAACAAGAAAGCAAAUCAUGUAGCUAGUAGUUUUGUUUAACACGUCUUCAUUGGCGGACAUAUUACUAGGUUUGCGUUACGAUAAACUAACUUGUAUAUCGAGGAUCGUACGUACUUUUUAUGCUCCAGCAGGAUUUGUAAUACCUUUCCGCCCCAAUUCCUUCACAAGAUGUUAUUUCCGAGUGAUAGAUAUUGAGUCACGGAACUUUUGUCAGUUAAAGCUGUUUUACAUAAAUUAAAAGCCGUCUAAAAAAGUAAACAUCUAUCAGAGUUUUGAGUUAAUAUUGGUUGCAAAAAGAAAAAAAUAUAUGUGAAACUAUAUUUUUUUUCUUUUUCACAACUAAUAUUAACUCAAAACUCUGAUAGAUACAUACUUUUUUAGACGGCUUUUAUGAAUAGAAUAUUUUAUUAGGUAUUAACCUUUGAUAAAAUAUUCUAGUUUAAAACUAUAGUAAGGAAUCAAAGAAGCUGGGGAAGCAAGCAGUGCCAAUUCAGAUUUAAAUAAGUUCAUUGAGACUUGCAUUCACGCAAAUUCACGAGUAAUUUUUUUUCCAAACGAAAUUCGCCCAUAUAGCCAAAACGUUUUUUGGUUUUGGUAAGAAGCAGUUGAAAUCUACAAGAAGAGCCCCUUGUAUCAUAGGUGGACCCCAUUUUCAAACAUUUUUGUUAUAAUUGCUCAGGUUCCAUAUUGUUGUACACCUUGAACAUUUCUAUCUAUUUAAUUCUGCGUAUAGUGAGCUCGUCCCAUCCAAGCUCUUGGAGCAGGGGGCAGAUAGAAUCAUAACUGAGAAAGGUUAUGAUCCUAGCUACGCGGUUUUGUAGUUUUUGAAGCUUCAGAGAAAAUUCUGAAUCUAGCCCCUCCCAAACAACGCUGUAAUAGUCAAGGUACGGUCGGAUAACUUGAGAGUUAUACUUUGUUUCGAGGGUCGACGGAGGAACAAAUUGUCUCGCACACUUAAGCGCUCCGAUUGCGCUGAUUAAUUCUCUAUAUGUGGUGCCCAUGUAAGCACCUCGUCAAAGCAACAUGUAGACUAACGGAUUUGGUAGAUCUUGCUUUACAGAAAUCGGUGGAUGUUUGAUUCUUUCUAGUCUCACUGUCCACUCAAUCAGUUUGUUAGAAGUCUUUCGGCUGCUCUCCUGCCCCUCACCACCGUUCACAAUUAUAGCACUUUUGCUCUUUAAUUUCACUUGCAGGAGAACGUGUAAGAAAAGAUGCUUACGGAGAAAACACCCUGACCUGACUAGCUCCAGCGAGCGGCUUAGCCAGGAAGAGAAAAUAAACUGCGGGACGCGGACAUCAAGGGACUCUGAUAGUCAUCAACCCAAACCAAAUCCGUCAUCUUACCAACUUGCAGCCACACACUUUGAUGCCCAAUCACCGUGGACCGUAACAGACACUCCCUCUUUGAUGGCAGUUUCUCCUAUGGAAAACACUUACGUGGUGGUCGAUAUUCCUGACUCAAAUCUAGCUUCUGAAAGACAUACUGCUUGCUCCAUUGUUGAUCUCUCUGAAUCCAGUCCAGUUUGUGUGGUUGUUGAUGCUCCUCAAGCCGACUCCCACGAGGUUGUUAAUGUACCUGACAUGAGCUCUCCGGACACCUCUUUUACCUGUUCUUCCUUAUCUAAUGUGUUUUCGUGGUUUCCUUCAUCAUCUUUGACGUCCGUUUCCUCACUUGAUAUAACUUCAGCAGAACCGGAAGCCUCAUCUCUGUUUCCAGAACCUGUAGUCCAGUGCUCCUCACUAACACCUAUUUCUAGAAAAACCCUAAAGGCAGAAACUGAACUCAACGACGACCAAAUAAUCUCGUCAACCGUUGAACCGGAAAUAGUUAUCGAUGUGCUACCAUCUGAGCCUCCGAUUCCACUGACCAUCGAACCAGAGUCGUCUUUACCCUCGGUGGAAAAACAGGCACUCCUGGAAUCAUGUCUCUUGAUUCAUCCGGCCUCGCCCAAGCAAUCAUCCCUCUUCAGUUUAUCUGCUUCCACCUCUGACGAAGCAACACGAAUACUUGCCUUGGAAACAGAAAAUGUUGACUCAUCCCAACUCUCUUGCAAAACUCCUCUGGCAGUGACAGGUGAUGUAAUGUUGACUAUUCAAGACGAAGGUGAAGUCUUUCUUCGCGCAUGCAAGACAUCAGGAGCUGAAACUACAAUGAUGACCCGGAAUAGUGAGAAUGAAAAACACGUUAUACGGAACGUGGAAAGUCGCAGUCCUGCAAGUGACAUAUCUGGCGUGUCUACAAAAACCUUUGUGGAAGAUUCCGAUGUGAAAGGUAAUGUUAAGGAUAGUUGUGCAGCAAAGGCUGAAAACGGCAAUGAUGUCUUGACAUUGAUUAAAAAAGUUGUUGUUAUUGACACUUCAGGAGCGACAGGUUUGGCUGAAAAUCCUGAGAUUGAAAAGGAGAGUGAAAUCUAUGACGUCACCAUCCAGGAAAAGGAUGACGUCAUGGUAAUUGGAAACGGCACAAUCGAGUUUUCUGGCCUGACGUGCGGCAAUAAAGAAUUUCUAACGAUGACCGGUGGUGAGUCUUUUAACCCUAAUGUCUAACUUCAUACUCUCAUUUGUUGUCUUUAUCACAUUUUCAAUAGAAGAAGUGGAGACAAUUUGUUGAUUCAGAAAUAUCAAGUCGAUUCACUUUCUCUGAUCAUGUUGUCAAAUCUCAUGAUCAUUGAUAUUGUAAGGAGAAAUUUCAAGCUGAUCACUCUUAGGGUUUAAAGUAUUAAUGGUCAAAUUUCUUUUUCUAGUAAAAAUACAUGACAUUUACACACAAAAAAAUCUGCACUUAAAUCGGUAGCGAGGGCGACCUUUGUUCUUUCUUUUGCGUCUCUUGAAAUGGAAACGAGGUUGUCUCACGCUGUAAUCACUUUCCUUGUCAGAAAGGAACUUAACCAAUAUUAGUGUGUUUAACGGCGUGCGGAAUGAAGGCAACAAUAAUAUUCGCAGUUUUACCUGAUACAAGCUUUCAGCUAUUUCAACAUCGCUCUAGGGACGAAGUCUAGGUAUUCUGAACCUGGGGCGAGCGAGAAAAUGAACCGCGUGAAGACUGAAAAGAGAAGCUUCUUCCGUUUCUUAUUAUUGAUUCGCGGGUUUACUUACUGUUACCAAAAAUUCAGAUUCGCUCAUUUUGUUGUUCCACUCAAAUUUUUAUCCUCUUCAAUCUUUUAGGAACUCCUUCAACAGUUGCUCGGUCCUUGGAAGAAAACGGCACUGCGGAAGCGAAUAGUUCUUUAUCUGCUUCAGAUAGCGAAAGUACAGCGAAAUUGAUGGUGGGUAUUUAUUCAAGAAAUCAUUUAUUCUUUCUUUAAUGCCAAUAACAUAAAUUUCAAUAAAAAAAUAAUCGAAAUUUUUUUUAAUCGACGCGAGCUUCUUUAAAAAGUAGGGUCCUACAGUUUUAAGCUUUAUUUUCUCAAAAACAUUAACCAGUAAUGAAAUAGGAUAUAAAUAUUAUUAAACAUUGUACUAUCUAUCUAUCAGUCUCAUUGGCUAAUAGACUUUCAAAAGAGUCCUUCGUCGGAUUUCAAAUGGCGCGGGACGAAGCACUUUUCAUACUUGAUUGGCGCCAAUUUUAUCGACCCAAAAACGGCUCGCUCCGCUCGUCAAGAGGUCGACUUGUAGCAAGUCUAAUUGGCUAAGAGCCUACAGCUAUUUUGGUAAUCAGCGCAACUUACAGAUAACUUAGUUACCUGCUAGAUAACUGACUAAUUUGUAAGUUUCGCGUACAAUGUAUGAUUUCCAAUAACAGUAUCAUGCCAUUCAGGUUCCUAAUGCGACGGUAUGUUUAUCGUUAUUUUUUUCAAAACAAUUUAUAACAAAACAAUUAUAAGAUUCAGGUUUUUUGAUAUCCGGAAUAAUCAAGUGUUAUAAGAAUCGGCCUUCGGCUCGGCGGAUAAAAACUGUUGAAAAAUAAAUCUGAUCGAUGAAGAUACAACCAGAAACUAAUUGCCAUGUAGAAAUAAUAAAUAGCAAACGGCAAGUAUAAAUCAAAGGGAAAAGUUGGCCACGUGGCACAAUUGCAGGUUUGUCGUUUGCCUUGAACGCGAUUUUAAACCACUCUAUUAUUUCCUAAUGUCACUCAUCACCAAUUGAUUAGCUAUAAUAUUUCUAUCUUUAAUGGGUUUUAGGAUCGUCCCGAUGCAGAAGUUUAUGAAGUAAAACAAGAUCCUUGGGAAGCUGACUUACGGUCAUCGACAAAUAUUGCCGGAAAGGAGAAUGAAAGGAGAGAAAAGGAGAUCACGUCCUCGGUUACUGGUACUGGCGAAAAGAAACCACAAGUAGGAGAAUCUUCUAAGGAAAGUGGAAAGGAUGAGAAGAGAAGAAGUGAUCAACGAAGACUGCGUAACAAGGUUAGUGAUUUUGUUAACCAGAAACAACUAAUUCCCAUGUAGAAAUAAUAAAUAGCAAACACCAAGUAUAUAUCCAAUGGCAAAGUUGGUGACGUGGUACAAUUUCACGUUUGCUGUAAACGCGAUUUUAAACCUCUCUAUUAUUUUAAAAACUUCACUCGCCACCAGUUGAUUAGAUAUACUAUUUCUGUAUUUGGUGGGUUUUAGGAUCGUCCGGAUCGAGCACUGUACCAGCCGCCAAGAAAAGGUCAUUCGGGAGCUGACCCACGAUCAACAGCAAAUUUUGCCGGAAAGGAGAAAGAAAAGAAGGAAAAGGAGAUCACGUCCUCGGUUACUGGUACUGGCGAAAAGAAACCACAAAUAGGAGAAUCUUCUAAGGAAAGUGGAAAGGAUGAAAUGGAAAAUAGUCACUAUCAACGAUUACAACGAGUGCGGAACAAGGUUAGUGAUUUUGUUAGAAAUAGUUAUGGUGAUUCCUGUGAUGAGUCCCUGUCGAGAACCAAUGAGUCCCAGUUUAAAAAACAACGAGUCCAAAGUUCAAAUUGCUUGGACCUUUCAUGUAUCCAGACAGUUUAUCUGAAAGCAGAAUCUAAAACUUUUUGUUAUAUAGACACCGAUGAAAUACCAGGAUUUUUCCAGUCUCGAAAAUUUGGUAUCCGGUGAAGACCCAAUUUUUAUCCUUCACAUGUGAAGAUAUUACGGUUGUCAUGGUUACGUCAGUCUCAGCCCAUAGGAAAAGAGCAUCACAGCAUCUCACCAUCGUUGUCUAUAUAAUAAACAGAAUAUUACAUGCCCGCUUGUGGAUAUGUAUUUUAUCUAGCACUCGUGAGAUAUCAAGUUGAACACGAGAAGAUAAAAUUCGUAUCCACGUGCGGGCAUGUAAUAUCCUCUAUUUCUUUGCCCGACCCUCAACUCCAGAACAGUCCUACCUUUAGAGUUUUGCGUACUCCAUUUCUCCUUCUAUAUCAAUGGAGAACUAACGAAAGGAGACUCUACUCACAGGGUGCCCAAUUUUCUAAAUAACAUCUUUCCACAAGGCUGCAAAACUUAAUUGUAGGGCUCAAGUAGUGCUAAUACGGAGUCACAAGUUAAAUGUUCAACACUCGAAUGAAGAUCACUAGUCGCAUGCAAUUUGUCUGGACUAAGAAAACAGCCGACAUGUCAGGACGUUGUUUCUCCAAGAACUGACGUCUGCGAAACGAGCACAGGAAUUAUAUACCUAUGGCGUGUCACUACUCAGAUUUGGGCGGUGUUUCUGACUGGUCUUGCCGUGUGGGAAAUUCUGACUGGUCUUGCCAAUCGUGGAGAAGUACUACCUAAACCAGGGCAGUGACACGUCACGUGAUAUUAAAGCUGUCUAUUAUUUCCAAAAUUUCACUCGUCCCCAAUUGAUUACAUAUACUAUUUCUGUCUUUGGUGGCCUUUAGGAUCGUCCGGAUCGAGCACUGUACCAGCCGCCAAGAAAAGGUCAUUUGGGAGCUGAACCACGAUCAACGGCAAAUUUUGCCGGAAAGGAGAAAGAAAAGAACGAAAAGGAGAUCACGUCCUCGGUUACUGGUACUGGCGAAAAGAAACCACAAAUAGGAGAAUCUUCUAAGGAAAGUGGAAAAGAUGAAAAGGAAAAUAGUCACUAUCAACGGGUACAACGAGUGCGUAACAAGGUUAGUGAUUUUGUUAGAAAUAGCUAUGGUGAUUCCUGUGAAGCAUGAGUCCCUGUCCAGAACCAAUGAGUCCCAUUUUGAAAAACACCGAGUCCAAAGUUCAAAGUACUUGGACCUUUUAUGUAUCCAGACAGUUAAUCUGAAAGCAGAAACUAAAACUUUUGGUUAUAUAGACACCGAUGAAAUACCAGGAUUUUUUCAGUCACGGAAAUUUGGUAUCCGGUGAAGAUACAAUUUUUAUCCUUCACAUGUGAAGAUAUCACGGUUGUCAUGGCUACUUCGAUUCCGUCUCAGCCCAUAGGAAAAGAGCAUCACAGCAUCUCACCAUCGGUGUCUAUAUAAUAAACAGAAUAUUACAUGCCUGCUUGUAGAUACGAAUUUUAUCUAGCACUCGUGAGAUAUCGAGUUAAACACGAGAAGAUAAAAUUCGUAUCCUUGUGGGUAUGUAAUAUCCGCUAUAUAUAAUUAUUACAAUUUUGAAAAAACGCGCGUGAAUUGUAGAGAUUUAGGGUCACGUUCACGGCAAAAGGCUAGGGGAAAAGGUGAGAUGCAGGUUGAGAACUUUCCAAAUUUAAGAAAUAAACCGUUAAAAAGUGUUCAAAAUACAUCUGUUCGAUCAACAUAAGCAGAAACAACAAAUUCCCAUGUAGAAAUAAUAAACAGCAAACACCAAGCAUAAAUCAAAGGGAAAAGUUGGUCACGCGGUACAAUUUUACGUUUGCCGUAAACGUGAUUUUAAACCUCUCUAUUAUUUCCAAAAUUGCACUCGUCACCAAUUGAUUACAUAUACUGUUUCUGUCUUUGGUGGGUUUUAGGAUCGUCCCGAUCGUGUACUGUACCAGCCGCCAAGAAAAGGUCAUUUGGGAGCUGACCCACGAUCAAAAAGGGACACUAUUGCAUCGGGUACGUUCUUUAGCCGUUCAGUCUCAGAUUGAGUGAUAAGGUCUGGGAUGGUGUGUUUAACUUUAAUUCUGAGUCUGUGGUUAAACGCCUAUGAUGUUACCAUGCAAGUGAAACUUCUUCAGCCGUACUUUCGCAUGUUGCUAUUUAGUUUGUAUGUAGUUCUAACUUUUGUGUUUGUGGAAACACUUCUAUGAUGUUACUAAUCAAAUGAAACCUCUAUAAGCCGUACUUUCAAGUGGGGGAAAAUUAAAGUCUACGACUUUACGUUUGGAAAUCCCCUGAUACGUGAUACACAGAAAGCGUGUUAAAACGAUAGUUUCGGAACUAGCUACGAUUACUCUAUGUUUUUAAUUUUGUUUUGCUAUGAAAAUACAUCACCCUUCCUCAUCUGACUACGACUUAACAAAAAGAUAAUUUACUACCCCAAAAAACCAAGACUACACAAGACUGUUUUACAACUGCAAUAUGCUGUCGUUUCAAUUUUUGCUUUUUCGUUAAUUAUUAUUCUUAGAAAAAGAUAAAAGCAAAGAUGUCAAGACGAAGGAAAAGAAUCGGAAGCCCGAACGCAAUCAGACAAGGAAGACUCGCGAUGAUAAACCACGUGAUAAGGAUCGUUACAGAUAUCGUGACGACUAUAGAGAACGUGACAGAGAUAGAAGUGAUCGUGGC